AGCCGAGAACGGCCAUGGACUUUUAUUUUUAUUUUGUAUGGAUUUAUUUUUUUUAAGCACUGUUAUCUUGUAAUAACAACUUAUUAAUUCGUUAUCACGAUAUAACAAAUUUUGUUUUCUCGAGAUAACGAAUUAAUUAAUUCGUUAUCUCGACAUAACAAAGUUUGUUUUCUCGAGAUAACUAAUUAAUUAUUUAGUUAUAACAAAAAAAAUAAUUCGUUAUCUCGAUAUAACAAAGAUUGUUUUCUCGAGAUAACGAAAUAAUUAAUUCGUUAUAACGACAUAACAAAUAUUGUUUUAUCGAGAUAAUUUUUUUAUUUUUUUUUAUAACAAUAAUGUGUUCGUCUUGAAUUCAUACGAAUGCGCUCGCGCUGCCACCACGGACUGCUUCCUACCGACACUGGCUGCAACAAGCUCUAUCCUGUCGUGCUUUGAUAUGUGUCUGGGCUAAGUUAACGGAUGGAAGGCUGACAAACUCCUAUCUGUCCUGGCCGGCUGCCUCAGCUAAGAGAUCGCCAUGGACCAGUUUCUCUCAGCCUUGAGAGAAAGGGGUGUUCCUGAGGAGAACCUGGCAAGAAUGGCAGAGGACAAGAUCGAUCAAGACAUUGUAAAGUUCCUUGGAGAAGACAAACUCUCUGCUUUUAUUCCUCGAUAUGGAGACCGUGUGUUUGCCAGAAACUGGAAGGAGUUAUCCUCAAGUGAAAGGAUAGAGGAUACAGAGCAAAGGAAACAUACUUUAAUAAAUAGACUAAGAGAGAAGAUGAAACUUCCAUCCACUGCCUCAGCAACCAGCAGCUUUAAAUCUAAGCCUACACUUCUUGGAAAUAAGAACGCUGAAAAGAAGACAAGGAAAAUUGAACUUGGCUGGUUGAACUACCAAGAUUCUAUGUACAAACAAGUAAGAAGGCCUACUGGGGGUGGAACAAGAGAGAUAGUUGUAAGCAAAGAUGAUACUGUAUCCACAAUUAUUGAAAAAGGGAAAACCCUUUUUUUCCCCAAUGGUACAUCGAUGAAAGGAAAAUUAGAGGACUUUGAUGUCAUGCUUUCUGUCAUUGGUUCUGAUGAGCCCCUUGAGGAUAGCGUCACAGUUGGAAGUUUGUUAGAGCAAACUAAUUACAAGAUCCUCAGACUAUACCUCUGUACAAAGCCAAAAGAUUGUAGUGAUUCUGAGCUUAGUGAUGAAACAACAGACAUGUCCUUUUCACCUGACACAUCCAACACAAUUGGGUCAGCUAAACAUCCAUCCUCAUCCAGCCCAUCACUGCUCUCCCCUACUCCUGUCAAAAGACCUCGGUACGGCAGUUGGAGUAUUCCCAGUGCUACCUCAACACUCCACACAACUCCUGCUUCUCAAACAUCAGUCCAGCCUCUUAUAGAUCUAUCCAGUGAUGAUGAAGUUAUUGUAUAUGAAUAUAACACCAACAUGCCUUGUGAACUUGUCGAUGGUCUUGCAGACACACUGAUAUACUCACCUCUACAUGUCAAUACCACAAUAAGUCCAGAUCCCUUGCCAGUUAACAGCCAACAAGAAAGUGGCACAAACACAGUCUCAGAAAAUCAAAUAGAAACAGUAGUGGUAGCUGAGAUGGAAGAAGCUAUUAUUGACUUUGUGGAUUCUGAGCAGGCUUUAAGUUCCACCAGCACGAUGGCCACUGAUUUCUUUGAAAAUCCAGAGAAUAUAGUGGAGAAGCAAGUCAUUGUGAUCCGCAAAACACAGUGUGUUGUGGACAUGAUUAAAGCAUUUACAGACGACUUCAUACUGGAUGCUAAUAUUUCAAUCAGGCGUGUGCUUGAACGUGGUGAGGUUGAGGCUGGAGUUGGGAGUGGGGUCACCAGAGACUGCCUCACUGAUUUCUGGGAUAUGUUUUAUGCAACAAAGACCUGUGGAACCAACUACAAGAUCCCAAUUUUGUACCACAAAUUCCAAGAGAAAGAGUGGACUGCUGUUGCUCGCAUCUUGGCCUUUGGAUGGCAGAAAUUUCAGCUAUUUCCAGUCCAACUUGCCCCUCCGUUCCUUACAGAGGCGCUAUCUCUCUCCUGCUCAGACAAUCUACUGGAUGCUUUCUUUAACUAUAUCAGCGCAACUGAGAAGGAUGUGCUAACUGAGGCCAUUAGCAACUUCAAAGGGGCAGAUAUGGAUGAACUCCUUAGCAUACUCAGCAGUCACAACUGCUGUGUACUCCCAACUGAGGAAAAUAUACAGAGUCUUGUGGAGGAAAUAGCCCACAAAGAGAUGGUACAAGAACCAGCAUUUAUCAUAAAGUGUUGGAAGCCAAUUCUCAGGUCUAUUGGAGAAUCCAUGAGUACGGAAGGACUGAAGAAGAUUCUAGAUGAUCUCAAACCCAAGGCAAGAAACAUUACCAAAACCAUCAAGUUUCCAGAAUCUAUGUCACUGGAAGAAAAAAAUACCUCAAAUCAUCUAUUGAGAUUUGUAAGAGAAAGAGAUGAGAAGGAGCUUGGCCUAUUCCUUAGGUACUGCACAGGGUCUGACUUGUUCCUAUCUAAGACCAUUAAAGUCACAUUCACAGCAGAACAGCCACAGUUCGAAAGGGCACCUUUGGCUCACACCUGUAGUUGUUCUUUGGAACUGGCAUCUAACUACAAAAACUAUGCAGAUUUUAGAACAGAAUUCAUCUCUGUGUUGAAGAGUGGAGUGUGGGUAAUGGAUUUGGCCUAAUAAGGCUUUGUUUGCUUAGACAGCAAAUUAAAAACUGCACACACAUUUUGAA